AUGGCGGCGGUGACACUCGCUUGCAGAGCUUCCAGCUUCAGCUUCGCUCACCUUCAACGCCGGGAGCUCUACGAUGCCUUGCCCCAAAUCCCCCGAGCUCGAGUUUCGUCCAUAAAAAGACAAUAUAAUGGAGGCAGGAGAGGGUUUCACGGUGGUAUGCCGCUGGCUUCGCGGCCCAAAAUGUCCUUUCGACUAGCGGUAUCGUCUUCAGGAAAAGGGAGAAGAUUCAGCCCGGACAGGAAUUUCUACAACUUCCACCCGCAGGUUCAUGAUGCGAUAGGGAUACAGAGUCCGAAUUAUUAUGACCGGAAGGCCAAACGGCCUGAUAGCGGGGAGGAUGCCUUCUUCAUUAGCAAAAUAGGCUAUGACGAUAACGCCUUUGCCUUUGGAGUGGCGGACGGAGUAGGAGGAUGGAGUGAAUCGGGUAUUGAUCCUGCGGAUUUCUCACAUUCUUUCUGCGGACAUAUGGCGGAAACGUCUUUGAACUGGGAGUCCUCCCCGGAGAGUCUACGGGCUAUGACCCUUAUGCGACUCGGUUAUGAGAAAACACUGUUGGACAAGGCAGUAUUUGCUGGGAGUAGCACAGCAUGCAUUGGAGUAGCCAGGGAUGAUGGCUCAGUUCAACUUGCAAAUCUUGGUGACUCUGGGUCACUUCUCUUCCGCCUGGCCGCCGUUCACCAUUAUUCCGUCCCCCAAACUCAUGAUUUCAAUACGCCAUAUCAACUAGCAGUCGUUCCGGAGUUAAUUCGACGGCAGUCUUAUCUGUUUGGUGGAAAACAGUUUGAAGAUAUGCCUCAAGACGCAGCUAUCACCAAUUGCUCGUUACAGCAUGGAGAUGUUUUGGUCUUAGCUACAGACGGCGUGUUUGACAACUUGAACAACCAAGAGGUUCUAAAGCUGGUGACUGCGCGGAUGAUGGCCACCGGUGCGUGGACAGGGACAUCAGACAUGGGGAUUUCGGCUGCAGACAGCCUCGAUGCUCUGACAAAGCCCGGCGGCCUUACAUUUGGUAGCAAACGAAUCAAGCCAGCAAAGACCGCUCCCACCUCUGAGGAGGAGGAUCCUCAGGGGAAAGGCCAAACUCUACAGGCCCUUUUAGCUGUUACCAUAGCUGGAGAGGCUAAGAUUGCCAGCAUGGACUUUAGACGGGAUGGACCGUUCGCGAAAGAAUACCAGAGACACCGUCCAUGGGAUCACUACAGAGGGGGCAAGCCGGAUGAUAUAACCGUCGUCGUUUUAGUUGCAGUCGAAGAAGGCCGAUCCACAGCUACUGCGCGAUAA